UCACUUGAAUGCGACACAGGUCAUAUCAACACGUCAGCUCUAUAAAUACAAAAUCACUGCAAUACACAGAGGUUAUCUGUCAACAGACGAGGUCUGCUAUGGACGUCACCGAUGCUGUAGGUGUUUCUACAAGCUUUACAGGAAGCCCAAGUUCGCUUCAAGCUGGCGUGACCUUCGAUGAAAUCAAGGAAUCUAAACAACCAGGCGAGGCUACAAAUGAGAGAGAGAACAUCCAGAAACGACUGGCCACAUAUCACCACUGGACUGGACUAGCCUUCCCAAUACAGCUGGCAGUAGCUGGGUUCGUAUUCACAGGGGAAAUCGACCAGGUUGUGUGUACCUUCUGUGGAUUAAAACUGUACAACUGGACACGGAAGGAAAAACCUCUUGAGGUCCACAGAAAAUAUUCUCCUGGUUGUACGUUCUUGAAAAAGUGGUUUCCGUUACCCAGGGAAGUUACGGGAUCGUCAACACUUACAAGAGGACCAUCAGGAUACGAUCCAACAAAGGCUGGACACAAGGAGUAUGUUUCCAUUGCCAAGAGAGUGUCUUCUUUCGUUGGAUGGCCACUUAAAGGGGAGCUCCAUUCUUCACAAAACAUGUCGAUGGCUGGGUUUUUCUACAUUGGAUCUGCGGACAGAGUGAGAUGUUUCUACUGUUCCUUUUCACUCAGAGAUUGGGACGUGGAUGAUGAUCCUUUUUCUGCCCAUAAACAACACUCUGCUCAUUGUGACUACAUUAACCAUCUUGCCAGGAAUGCAGUCACGACAAGGAUAAGGACAUUACGAUCUUCUGAACAUUCGUCCCAAGCUUCCCCUAAUGCAGUUCCACCAGGGGAUGCUGGUGGUAUGGACUCAGUGGAACCAACAUUGACGACUACGGAAGGAAGAAGAGGAUGUGAACAUUCACCCUCUGUUCAAGCUUUGUUGGAUUUUGGAUAUACGCUUGGUGUUGUUCAAAAAGCAAUUAAGAGGCACAAAGAGAAAUAUGGAUAUGAUUAUAAGAAUUCCACAGAUUUAUUUCUCACCAUUGAAGAAAUUGAUAAUCUAAAGGGUUAAAACUGAGGCAGACCGACCGCAGCCGUCUAAAACCCGG